GCUCGGACAAACCGACCGGAGGGCCGUGGGCUUCUGUGUCUGUGUGUGAUUGAGGGCGAGUCAACGCCACUUGAUGGCGACUAUCCGGUGGUGUCUUUGAUCAGAUCCAUCUGGUAAACCAUCCUCAUCCCCAUCCCCAUCUCCUCUUCCCCACUUUCACCUCAGCAAAACAUGAUCAGUGCCUGCUGAUUUUCCCCCUUUUGCUGCUUUCUUUUAUUCCCACCGAAAGCAUAUUAAUUUUCAAGCGCGUAGGACUAACAUGGGAUGGGACCUGGUUGUAUUGCCCUAAAAUUUGUUAGGUCCGCACUCUUGCAACAUAUCUCGGCUUCAGGUUUGGGCAUUGAAAAUGGGAAGUAACGGUCGAAGAAAUGUGAAAAAGGAGAGAAACUGUUUCUCUUCUGUCUUAGUUUCUUUUUCUGUUCUUCCCACUUCUAUCUGAUCGUGUGGAGUGUUCAGAACUCUUUCUUUCCAUCCUUUCCAAACUAAGAAGAGAGGAGUUUCGUAUUUGAAAGAGACCAAAGGAGAAACGCAAGGAGGGUGAGAAAGUGUACUUGCACUAGAAUGUCCUUUGAUGGCUGAUCGCAGCCUCCCAGAGAGAGAACAUGCAAAAAGCACUAACUGCUGCUGAGAAGAAAGGAAGCACAUCAGUUUUCAACAUGUUGAUGAUGCCAUGUUGAUUCUAUCCUGAUGUAAUAAUGAACUAAUAAAAUGUUAGCAGUGCUGUGAUAGGUGACCCUUGAAAGUCUUGUUCAGUUUAGUUUACUCUGCAUUAGCUAGUGCAGCUGGGGUGACAACCAUUUCUUCUUUUGGAACUCCAUUAGAUUAGCUACGUGCUCAAAAUUUAUCAAAAGAACCCAUCUGCGACCAUGGCUCAAUCUCCUCUUUGUGGAGGCUCAAUUGCUACUGCUGGCUUAGACGUCAAGACCCAAGGUGAAAAGCAUGGGUUUGCAUGUUUUGCUAGAAAAACAAAGCUGAUGCAUCUGAAGCUUGCACAUAGCUGUAAAUUAAGAGCGAUGAUUACUUCCAAUGAAGCCAUUGAGAUUCCUCAUCAGUGGUACAAUCUAGUUGCUGAUCUUUAUGUUAAGCCUCCUCCCAUUUUGCAUCCUAAGACUUUCAAACCAGUGAAACCUGAGGACUUGUCUCCUCUUUUUGCUGAUGAGUUGAUCAAACAAGAAGUGAGUAAUGAUGCGUUCAUCGAUAUUCCAGAUGAAGUUCUUGAUGUUUAUGGAUUGUGGCGCCCAACCCCUCUGAUCAGAGCCAAGAGGUUGGAGAAGCUCCUUGACACACCUGCCAGAAUUUACUACAAAUACGAAGGCGUUAGCCCUGCUGGGUCGCACAAACCCAACACUGCUGUACCACAAGUCUGGUAUAAUGCACAACAAAGCGUCAAGAAAGUUGUGACUGAAACUGGUGCUGGCCAAUGGGGAAGUGCACUGGCCUUUGCAUGCAGCCUGUUUAGUCUUGGUUGUGAAGUGUGGCAAGUCCGCGCCUCUUAUGAGCAGAAGCCAUACCGUCGGUUGAUGAUGCAAACUUGGGGUGCCAAGGUGCAUCCAUCUCCAUCUAGUGUUACGGAAGCAGGUAAAAGGAUCCUUCAAAUGAAUCCAUCUAGCCCAGGUAGUUUAGGAAUAGCCAUAUCAGAGGCUGUCGAGAUUGCGUCUUCAAAUGCCGAUACAAUGUACUGUCUUGGGAGCGUUCUCAACCACGUACUACUUCAUCAGACUAUUAUAGGGGAAGAAUGUAUUAGGCAAAUGGAGGCUAUUGGCGAGACUCCAGAUUUGAUCAUUGGGUGCACUGGUGGUGGAUCCAAUUUUGCAGGGCUUACUUUUCCAUUUAUUCGGGAGAAGCUCAAAGGAAAGAUCAACCCUCUUCUAAGAGCAGUUGAACCUGCAGCAUGCCCUUCUUUAACUAAAGGGGUGUAUGCAUAUGAUUAUGGCGACACAGUUGGGAUGACUCCACUGAUGAAGAUGCACACACUUGGACAUGACUUCAUUCCUGAUCCUAUACAUGCUGGGGGUUUGCGCUACCACGGUAUGGCUCCUUUGAUUUCUCAUAUCUAUGAAUUGGGUUUCAUGGAAGCUGUUGCAAUUCCUCAAAUUGAAUGCUUUCAAGGUGCCAUACAAUUUGCUCGAUCUGAAGGAAUAAUACCUGCACCAGAACCAGCCCAUGCCAUAGCUGCCACUAUUAGGGAAGCACUGCACUGUAGAGAAACUGGGGAAUCAAAAGUUAUUCUCAUGGCAAUGUGUGGGCAUGGCCAUUUUGACCUACCUGCCUAUGAAAAGUAUUUUCAAGGAAGUAUGAUUGAUUUACAGUUUGCAGAAGAGAAGGUACAGGCAUCAGUGGCCAAUGUUCCUCAGGUGGUGCCCUGAGAUGUAGCUGAGGAGUACAAUGCUGAAAUGAAUGAGUUUCUCAACAGUAUAUCACUUGGUUAAUUUGGAUAUACUUAACUAUGCUGUUUUAGGGGAAUGGAGAAAAUCUAUAUGGGGAAUAAUUGAAUUCAGAUAUAAUUCAGGAGUCAAAAGAGUUAACCGUACCAGCUGAACCGCUAUUAUCUCAUACUCUGGCUGUCUCUUUUUUUUUUUUUUUUGUUUUUUCGUUUUUUGUUUUAAAUAAAAGACAGAAAAUAGAAACUGUCUCUCGUAGUUGAACAUGCUCCUAGUUGAAUCAAGUUGGUCAAUUGCAUUGGCUUAAAGUAA